GUUGUUCAGUAAUCCGGUGUUGUCGGUGUGCAUGUAUUGUUGUACAAUACGUUGCUCCCGGUUUGCGUGUGCGUCCCUGGCAUAAGAAAAUUUUUCACGAAACGUAAUUCCCGGGGAAACGAGUGCUAUCAAGAUAAAACAAUUGAAUACAACCGAAAAGUAGAAAAACCAUCAGGUAGGGAAAAAAGAUUGUUGUAAUCAAAUAAUUGUAAAGCUCACUUUCGGGUUUGACCGCGAAUAUCAAGCAGGAAGUGAACGCCAACGUGUGCUCUGUGUUCAGAUUUGUAAAGUGUAGAGCAGUGUAGAGAAGUGAGAGCCAUCUUGAAGUUGAAAAAUUGUAAGUAGAGCUAGUUUUUGGCUCGUGGACAAGCACAGUAGUAACAGGAUAGAAGAUUGGUGCGGUGGCGCGGCAGCUUGGUAGUGGCGGUUGGUAGCGGCGCUACAACGGACAACCAUCGAACGGCGCGAUGGCAUCACAUCACGAUAAUAAAAGCUACUUUGCGUCCUGAGGCGUUCUCUUCUGAGUGAUAUUAGCGAACAAGCUACGAAAAAACCAGUGAUUUGUUUUUGCACAUCUAAUUGCAUUUCCAAUACGAGAAUACAGCGUUGUCUGAACAAUAAAUUGAGCGGGAUACGGCAAGAUGGAAGCCGAAGAUGGCCCUGCGGCCGUCAACAAUCCAAGCGUCGUCAAAGCGGCACAAGAAGAGAUGGGAAGACUUGACGUUUUAGUAUGUGGACAAUGUCAUUCUGUUUUUCACUUUGUUGAAGAAUUCCAAGAACACCGAAGCAAAGAGGGCGCUUGUUCAAAAACCUCACAUUUUCGCGAUAAUGGAAAUAAUGAACAAAAAGCGCAAGUAUGGGCAUUUCUUCUCUGGAAAGAUACACAGAUCCAACAGGAAGGCCCUGAUAGAGAUUCUGCAAACUCUUGGAAGCUCUAUCAAAGAUGGUGUAAAAUGGAAUCUCAUGUAAGAGAAACUUGGGUGACCGCUGGAAAGACUAUUCAAACAUUUACUAAAAUAAAUAAUGCAAAGAUGACAGAUUUUCGACCAACUGGACAAACAAAUAUCACCUCAGAUGGUGUGAAACAACCAAUAGUGGUACGUAAAGUAAUUCGUAAUGGGCAACCAGAAGAAUCUACUGAAGUUAAAAAAGAAGUAGUAAUUAAACAAGAAAUAAAAUCACAACCGGGAGAAUCAACUACACCACAAGAGAAGAAAGUUAUUCAUCCUCGACCGAAAGCUCUUGUUAAACCCAGAGUAAAACCUGGAAAGUUAGCAUCUGAAGCAGAUGAACCCAAUGAAGAAGAAUUUGUUGUGGAAAAAAUUGUCGCAAAACGUUACAAUACUAAAAAACGUUGUCCUGAAUAUUAUUUAAAAUGGGAAGGAUUAUCACCUGAGUUUAAUACUUGGGAAUCAGCUGAUGUAAUAUCAUCUUGUAAAUUUCUUUUAGAUGAAUUUGAAAGGAAUUUAGCAAAACAAAAAGAAAUGAAAGAAUUAAAAGCACAACAGUUAGCCCAACAGCAGCAGCAACAACAACAACAGCAGCAAACAAAAAUAAUUACUACACGACCAGUACCUCUAAAAACAAUCGUCAAGUCAGAACCAAGUAGUAUACCUGGACCUAGUAGUGCAGCUCAAAUCAGUCGUCCAAUGCGAUCAAGUAAGUCAAAAGCAAUGGACCAAGUAAAACAAUGGUGUGGAUCGAUGAAAGAAGAAGAAGGUGAACUUUUGGGUAAACGUCGUGCUGAAUUUACGGAUAGUGAUUCAGAAGAUAUUACUUUACCUAAACGAAUAAAGGGAGAGACAGGUAGCGAUGAAGAUUGGAGUGGAGAAUCUGAAGAUGAACGUCUAGUUGGUAGAAGUGAUGUCAUACAACGUGCAUUUAAUCGUGCUAAUGCCCAAUCAAAUGGUUCCAAUAAAGCAAAUACUAUUGUUUCAAGCUCUGACCUAUCAUCUUUACAUAUUCAAACAUCAGAUGGCUCCAAAGUGACCCAUCAAACACCGGUUUUAGUUGCUAAUGCUAAAGGUGUUGUCAAAGUUGAUCCUAAGCAAAUGCCUAAUUUGGCAUCUGGUGUUUAUGUAAUGUCGAAAAAAGAAGGAAUUAUCAAAUUAGAUUCAUCACCAAGUGGAAAAAUUGGUGUUAAAGGAUCGCCUAAUACUCAAGGUGUAUUAAUGGUACAAAAUCGUGAACCAACUGUGGUUCGAAGACAAGUGAUUACUGCAACGCAAGCAAAUUCAAUAACACCGGUUAAAGUUGUUUCUAAGCCAGAUGGAAGUCAGAUAGUUACUCAAAUGAAAGUGAUCUCUAAACCAGUUCAAACUAAACCAAGACCAUCUCUGGCACCAAAGACGGAACCAGUUAAAAUUCAGCCUAAACCCGAUCCAAAUCAACUUCAACAAAUUCAUGUAGUUACGGCUGUCCCAACACCUAUAGGUAUUCAACCAAAAAUGGCAACAACAACAAUAAGACCUACAAUUCAAUCUCAACAAUCACAAUCAUCACCACAACAACAGACACAAAAGACUCCAGAUGGUCGUCCUCUUUUACCAAGACCUCCUCUCCGCGGUGCAACGCCUACUAGUGUUCUUGGUGUUGGAUCAGUUCGUACACCGGUACGAGCACUAGCUCCAAGACUUCCUACAGCUCAAACACGUCCAAUAAUGCAACAAAAACGAAUAAUAGCAAGUUCACCACAGGCUGUAGUAAGUCCUAAUCAAUCGACUCAGAUGCGAUCAAAAAUUACAGUUUUAACUACGCAAUCAAAUCCAGUAGUUAAAACAGUAAGCACAGUAGCAGCUAAAUCAUCACCAAAACCUCCAGUAAAACCAUCCCAAUCGCUCUUAUCACCUCAGCAAAAACUUCUUAUGGCAAAGAGAAAAGCUCAAGAAGCUGUUGGAUUAACUAAAACAUUUACCAAGACGGUUGUAGCUAGCCCGAAAACACCACAAGGUCGUGGACGUGGAAAAAUCACACCUGUUGCAGCUGUUUCUACUCCUGGAAAGCCAAAAGAAACCAAGAUUGUAGAAAGCGACGGAUUACAUAUGGAAUUUCAGGAAGUAGGCAGUGAAGAUAGCAGUGAGGAGGCAGAACCUGAAGUUUUGCCUGAAGAUAAUAUCUGUAAUGUUCCGCAGAAUGAACCUGACAGUCCACCGAGGCCGUUUACACUUUGUCCAUUGACUGGACGUAUCAUUGGACCUGAUGGGGAGCCGAUGGACACAACGACUGAACCUGAACCGGAGCAGCCAACUACAACAUCGGAUCCAGUCACGUCGGUCACCACCACUGUAACAUCAUCUGAAAAUUCUGAGACAACAAAUGUCACAACACCAACAACAGCAGAAUUAGUUUUACCAUCUUUAGAUGUCUUAACCGAUGCUAGUGGUAUUAUGCGUGUAGAAAUGAGUCCAGGUGGCACAACAGGUACGAUAGUGCAGGCUAGUACUGAUGCCACCCAGAUAAAUCUUACAGGCGUUACUGUAGCAGCACCAGAUCUUCCUUGUUUGGAUGAUACAACAACAACUUCUGUAGGAACACCGAUACCAACAGCAGCAUUAACUGAGACUACUGCAUCUGAAGCAACGACUACUAGUCUCACUGCCACUGUUACGACUAGUGUUCCAUCAAUAACUACUAAUAUUAAAGAUAUUAAAGAGGAAGACAAAAAAGUGAUAGCUGAAGAUACAUCGAACUUAGUAACAAUCACUGGUGAGGACGGUGUUGUCUAUCAAGUUGCAGGUCAUGCUGAUGAUGGCCAGACCCUUUUAGUGACACGCGGUGCUGAUGGUGAGCAGCAAUGCGUUUAUGUCACGACUGAACAACAGGGCGAUGAUGGAUCAGUACUCACACUUGAUCAUGCUGUUGCUGAAGCUGUUGCUCAACUAAUGCCAGAUCAGGUCAACUUAACUCCUCAGUUCUACGUAAAAGAGGGUGAAGGUGAAGCUGCUGAAGGUCAAAUGGUUAUGUCUAUAAUGGAUAAUAAUAGUGGAGCUGUUGGAACUCAGGAGGAUCCUGACGGACAAGCUCAAGUUGUCGCUCAGGUUGUUCAGGCUGAUGAACCUACUCCUGGUGGUACUAGGAGGGUCGUGCUCCUACUUCCAGAUGGUAAUUUAAUGAUGACGGAGGUGGAUGAAGAACAAUAUGCCGCAUUAGAACUCGAUAAAUGAGUUUAAUGUAACAAUAUGCAAUACAAUAAUACCAUGAAUUCUGUAUGGAAAUUGAUUACUGACAACUUCACAUUCAUCCAAAACGUGAGUGAAAAAAAGAAAGCGAAUAAUGAAAUUGUGAAAAAAUAAAUAUUAGGCAUUGCAGAAAACGUGAACAAAAAUCUUAUUAUUAAUAUGUAUAUAUGUAAGAAUCGUUAAGUGAGAAUGACGAUUAAGAAGUUCAAUGUAGAAGAAUUCGCUUUCAAGAAUAAUAAACAUCUUAAAUUGAAUGACCACUUCUACUACUACUAUCACAAUUAUUAUUGCUACUGCUACUAUUAUACCAUAAAUAAUAAAGCUGUAAAGAAUCAACCGAGAGGGAAAAUAGAUAAAAGAUACAAAAUUGAAUUGAUUUGUGACGAAGUAGACGUAAAUAUUUGAAAUAGCAAAUCCACGCUAUAUAGAUUAAACAGAAUAAAAUUAAAAAAAUGUAUUUUAGACAUUCAUGUCUGCGUGUAACAACUUGCUCUUUAAUUUUAAUUUCCACAUGAAAACUUGUAAUAAUGCAAUUAUAAUUGCAUUGGGAUAGAUAAUAACACAAAGAAUAUCGUAGAGUUUAAUAAUUAAAUAUAAUAAUAUUCGCUAUUGUUUCACAGUGAAAAACAAAAAGAAAAAAUAGAAAGAAUACAUGCAAAGAUGUAUUUAAAGAAUACCAAGUCUUUUAAGAGUAGUUAUUUUCUGAAUUUUAUAUUUUACCAUUGUAUGAGAGCGUAAAAUGAUUAUUUUAUGUUUACAAUAAUAUACGCAGUCACAUUGGUAUUAAAUCAAUUUCUUACCGCUAUGACGAAUAAAUAAGAAGAGCAUAUUUAAUAAUACAAAAUUGAAAGAAUGAAAUCAAAUUUUUUUAAAAUUUAAUAUGUAAAAAUUUUUUUUUCUAAAUAUUAAUUCUAACUCACGAGUGAUUUUUGCUCUCAUGAAAAUAAUCAGAUUAAUUGAUAAGUAUAUACUCAAUUAAUUAAUCUCUUAUUUUAUCAUCAAUUUCGAGUUAUUCUGAUGGUUGAUGAUUGAGAAGAAUAUUAAUGUAAAAUGAUGUGAAUGAGAAGUAAAGUGUGCGUGAAAGGCAUGAAAUAUUGAAUAUUAGACAUUCGUAUAAUGUACGAGUCCAAUAAAAAUACAUUCUUACACGGUAAA